AUGCUCAAGACGAUCGAGAAGCUCCAAUUGACGGAACCCGACUUGCGCAAGAUGUACAAGCAUUUCUGCCGCUCCGACAAGGAGUUCUUCCGCAGCGUCCGCGAAGAACGCACGGCAGUUGGUGACGCCGUCUUUGCCCUCAUCGAUAUUGACGGCAGCGGCGAGCUCGAUUUCAGCGAGUACGUCGAGGCGCUGGGCGCCUUCUGCCUUCUCAACACGCAAGAGAUCCUCAAAUUCUGUUUCUUUGUCUUUGAUCUGGACAAGAGCGGAACAAUCGAAGACGCGGAGCUCGCAGCGCUCCUCGAAGUGCUGCACGCCGAUGGAGGCACGAGCAAUAUGAAGGAAGCGCUCGAACGAUUCCAAUUUAGCGGCGACGGCAAGAUUGAUUUUCGGGAAUUCGAGAGCCUCAACCAGCAGUUCCCGACGCUUCUAUACCCCGUGUACCGCCUCCAAGAGAACCUCAGAGCCUACUCGAUGGGCGAAGCAUGGUGGACGAAGCGUGCAGUUCUUCUCCAAGCCAUCAAAGACGAGAAAGACAAGCCCGAGGGCGAGAGCAAAGAAGCCAUCGCGGCCAAGCGCCGCGCCCAGCUCGCGUUGGCGCGGAGGAAAAUGGGUUGCUUUCGAUACUACUUUUGCCCGUGCCGGCGUAGCAAGUACAUGGUCGAUGAGGACGCGGUCACCGAGGCGGCGCUCAUCGAAGAAGCCAAGAGGCGCGAGAUCGAAGCUCAGAAGAAGAAGCUCGAAGAAGCCAUGGAAGCGCGAGCCCGAAAGGAGCGGCUACAAGCCAAGCGCAAUGUGGUUGCCGCCGACGGUCGACCUGUCAUGUCCAAGGAGCAACGCAAGGAGCGCGCCAAGAAGCGGCGACAGCGCGAUAUGAAAGACCUUCCGACGCGCAAAUGACAAGGCAUCGACGAGUUGUACACAGUGCGUCUCUGGGUUGAAACUUACGUCGUACUAUUGAUG